CUACUUCUUGGAAACGAACCACCGUGACCGCGCUGACCGCGUAAGUACUGUAAUUCGGAGUUGGCGCCGUAACCUCGAACCGGUUGCACAGGACCUAAAUCAUGCUCUGCUGUACCUGUCGCAAUUGCGGAUUCGUCAAUGUCCUUCCUUCAGAUGGCGAGGAGACACUACAGGCUUCCUUGAAAGUCUUCCAAGGCUCGAACAACCUUGUUGCACAAAUUUUACGCCAGCCACGAACGAUUCUUGACUCCAAUGAAGAUGCGUUGAUUAGUGCUGACAUCCUGGAGUUAGAACAGCGUCAAUCGUUUUACGAUGCCCAGCUUCACGAAGUCCAGUUACACCAACGUGCAGUAAUGGAAGCCUUGGAACGGCACCAAUCCUUUUACGAUGCCCAACUUCAACAAGUCCAGUUGCAUCGACGUGCAGUAAUGGAGGCCUUGGAAGCUCGCAGAUCGAUUCGUGCCCCUAUUCGUCGUCUUCCCCGAGAUCUUCUCAUCGAAGUCUUCCACUUCGUACGCCACUCAUGGUGGCAAGACAUAGACGAUGACCGUCGCUGGCACCCGACCAUCUCAGAACGCCAAAGUGUUUUGCGCCUAGAUGGCCCUCUUUGGGUUUUAGAUCGUGUUUGUGGGCUUUGGAGGGAAACGUUGCACACAUCUCCUGCAUCUUGGGCCCAGAAUGUCGUAGUGAGAACACCUUUUCCCAAGCAUGCUCGUGAGAUCUUGCGAACAUAUCUCAAGCGGACGGGCGAGCAUCCUCUCACGCUACAGGUCGUUAACGACAUUGAAAAGUCUCCGAAUGCUGAAGAAGAUGAAAUUUUAUCACUUUUUGCGCGAGAAUCAUGUCAUCGCUGGAAGGACGUGAUUAUCGACACUACCACGCAUCAUAUGCGCCGCCUAGAGGUGUCUAUAUCCCACCUUCCUACACUUCAAACGAUACAAAUACAUAUCGCCGAUGACUACGAUGAAAAUUACAACUCGGAUGUAUGGUUAAAGGCUCCUCAGCUGUGGCGAGCAAUAUUUUCAACUCGAGGGAUCUCGCAAAUGAAGCUAUCGCCCUGUAUCACUCAUUACUCAGGGCUUAUCACUAUUCCAGACGAUCAACAGCUCCUUGGUCAACUACCCAAGCUCAGAGUAUGUCACCUCGAGCUAGAAUUGCCACCUGUCGAGCGGGCGUCGAUCCAGGCACCGAUGGUCAUGCCACAUAUCCAAUGCCUCUUUGUUGAGAAGCUAGCUAUGUUGGACUGGGUGACUUGUCCACGGCUGGAAAGUCUGGUCCUGUCCGUGAAUACAUGGGAAUGAUUCUUCAAGCACCAGGACCAUCAUAUCACUGUCUCAGCAUGCAUUACCCAUUUCCUCCAGCGAUCUGGAUGUCACCUCAAGAGCUUGAGCGCAGA